UACCCCGAGCACGAAAAAUUAUCGUUCUGGUUAUGGUAAUCGUAAUCGUAUUAUUUUCUAUGAAAACCAGAGCAGCGCCGCUACGGUCGUUUGAGGAACUAAAACUUUAUAGCACGAACUUAGUACUCUUGUAAUCGUUAUCGUAAUCGUAUAGUAAACGAUAGUUAAAGUAUGGAAAUCAUAGCACGAACACACUUUUGACAGAUCGUAUCGUUUUUUUCGACAGCUAACUAUCGUAUCGUGUCUCACCGAGCAUUUUACAGUGAGAGAACUCUCGUUUUGGUUGUGUUUCGUGAUAUAAAAUAUUUUUUAAAAUAAUAAUGGGUGAUUCAGUGCUUUAAAAAAUGUCUAUGUUAUCAAGGAACCGUCCAUUACGUAGUUAUUACUACUUAUGGCGUUUAUUUAAUAGCAUUCAAGAAGAAGAAGACGAAAUCAGAAGGUAACUAUAAAAUUGUAUAAAAAAUAUUUUUGGAUAUUUAUUAUUUUUUAAAGAAAAUAAAAUAUUUUUGCUUUUUAUUUUUUACGCAGAGAAAUAAAAAUUAGAAGUUAUUUGAGGUGAAAUUUCAAGCCCCUAGACUUACACGAAAGGGAGUUUAUAAAGAGGUAUCGUCUCUCUAAAGCUGCAUUCCAUUAUAUAUGUAUUGAGCUUAAAAAUAAAACCUCCUUAAGAUCCAGCAUAAGAGUCGAUUUAGAACAUAAGGUAUUAUGCGCUCUAUCUUUUUAUGCAACUGGUUCGUAUCAGCGAAUUGUUGGUAUGGGCAAAUAUUUAGGGCAGACCACAGUCAGUAAAUAUAUAACAGAGGUUACUAAUGCCCUAAAUAACAGAAAUAUAUUAAGCAAGUUCAUAAAAUUUCCUACCAAUAGAGCUGAAAGAGAUAUCAUCAGGCAAAAGUUUUAUACACAAUAUGGAUUUCCCGGCGUUCUUGGGUGCAUAGAUGGAUCACAUUUCCAUAUAUUUUCACCACCAAAGGAUGUGGAACAUCUUUUCUUUUGUCGAAAACAUUAUUAUUCCUUAAAUGUGCAAAUGGUAUGUGACAGCGAUGGGCGAAUUUUAAAUAUUAAUUCGCGUUAUGGUGGAGCUACACACGAUGCAUUCAUUUGGGAGAAUAGUGCCGUGAAUGAAUUUAUGCAAAGACUUGACCAAAGUAAUGAACAUACAUGGCUUCUAGGUGAUUCUGGAUAUCCGCAAAGACCUUGGCUGAUGACACCUAUUACCGACGCAGCUGAAAAUAGUCCUGAAGCUAAAUAUACCUCCGUUCAUGGUCGAACAAGGGUGGUUAUUGAAAACACCUUUGGACGAUUGAAAAAUCGCUGGAGAUGUCUCAGCAAGGAUCGGACUUUGCAUUAUAAGCCUGAGAAAUGUGCAAGAAUUAUAACUGCAUGUAGUGUUUUACACAACUUGGCCCUUCAAUUUAAUGUUCCUGAUCCUGAGUCUGAUUCUGAACAAGUUUCAGAGAUCGAGGACGUUUUAAGACCUGUGGCACCAGAGGAAAGGGCAGACACUGGAAGGGAUUUACUGAUUAGGGGCAGAGCAAUACGAACUCAGUUGGUACGAAGAAUCAAUAGUUUACAUUAAUAAGGAUAUAGAUUGUCAAAUUACAAGGAUUGAUUAUGUUAGUUAUUAGAUAAAUGAUAAGAAGAAUAUACAUCAAUAAUUUUAAUAGUUAAAAAAAAAACUUAACAUUUUGGUUGUUUUACUUAUCACUUACCUCUAUAAUAUAAUACUAACUAACCUUAUAUAAAACUAGUCAUUCAUCAUGCUUUUUUCCUUCCAAACAUUUAUAUAAUACACUCAAAGCUUCUUUCAUAAAUUCCAGCCAUUUAGCUUGCAAUUCUAG